AAGACGGUGAGACGGGAAUCUCUUGACCAGUAAAAAAGAUGUUCGUGUUGGUGGAGAUGGUGGACACUGUGCGAAUUCCUCCAUGGAACUUCGACCGGCAGCUGAAUGACGCGAUAGUAGAAGAGCUUAACAAGAAACUAGCCAACAAGGUUGUUUACAAUGUUGGUUUGUGCAUUUGUCUGUAUGACAUCACUAAAAUGGAAGACUCCUACAUCUUCCCGGGUGAUGGAGCGUCACACACCAAAGUGCAUUUCAGGUAUGUGGUUUUCCACCCCUUCCUGGACGAGAUUCUGGUGGGGAGGAUUAAACACUGCAGUCCAGAGGGGGUUCACGUUACUCUGGGAUUCUUUGAUGACAUCAUCAUACCUCCCGAGUCCCUGCAGCAGCCGGCUAAAUUUGACGAGGCAGAGCAGGUGUGGGUGUGGGAGUAUGAGACGGAUGAAGGGGCACACGACCUGUACAUGGAUCAGGGCGAGGAGAUCCGUUUUCGGGUGGCCGAUGAGCUGUUUGUCGACACAUCGCCCAGUGGGCCCAGCACUGCCACUGAGUCCACCAGCACGGCCAGUACAGAGGACACCACACAGAAACAAGAGACCCCAUACACACUGGUGGGGUCUAUCAGUGAACCAGGCCUGGGUCUCCUCUCCUGGUGGAACAGUUAACGCAAGAGCACUUCCAUUUCUCCAGCACAACCAGAAGACCAGCGCACCUCCUGCACCUGCGCCUCCACUGCACCUCCUCAGACUGCUAAACGUCUACUGUUACUGAGGCCUGGGUCUCUAACACCGGAGACAAGCGGAGGAGAACCAGGAGAAACAUAUGGGACUUAAUCUAUUUAUAUUUAUCUAAUGAAGUGGGACUGAGUGUGUG